CCAUUACAAAGAUAAUUUCGUUUGCUUCCAACCCGAAAAUGAUCGAAAUAGUUUUUUUUUUCAAACUUUAUAUAUUAUGAGUUAAUGGGCGGCCAAACAAUAGACAACAAACAUGUUGCAAAACCACAACCCAUAUACCCAAUACCACAGACGAUCCAUCUUAAAUUCACUAAACCUCAUGUGACGUGCCCAAACCGCAGGGUUUCCCCUCUUGUGGGUCUGGGGAGUGGUGUUUUCACUGUGGGAUAAACUGCUUUAAAAGCUGCAUCAAACAAAGUGACAAAACAUGAGAAAACGUGCAUGAAAAAUAAACACACGUUUAUACCCUUUGCAUUUGAUACUUUCGGUUUCCUUGCGUCAGAAGUUGUGGAGCUAGUCAAUAGAGUCCAACGGGUCAUUCAUAAUGCCGUUAGCUCUUUUGGCAGUCUGAUUCCACUAUUCCAGUGAGCAGCCAUUGAGAAUAAACGAGUCGUGGGAAGAGACCUAAGGCCGGCGUUCAGCAGGGUGUUCCUCUUUAAGUUUCCUCCUCCGGUAGAGAUUUCCGAUCAGAUGGAUAUAACAGAAGGAACGCCUGCUCUCCAUGGAUUCCGAAUGCCCGCAGAAUGGGAACCCCACUCUCAAACCUGGCUUGGUUGGCCCGAGCGUCCUGAUAAUUGGCGAGAUAACGGAGUCCAUGGCCAGAGUAUUUUUGCAAAAGUUGCUUCCGCUAUUUCUAAGUUCGAGCCUGUCACUGUCUGCGCCAGUGCCUCACAGUGGGCUAAUGCACGCGAUCAAUUGCCUCAUAAUGUGAGGGUUGUUGAGAUGAGUAUGAAUGAUUCUUGGUUUCGUGACAGUGGUCCAACUUUUGUUGUAAGUGAGGGGAAAUCAAGUUCAGGACAUAAUGUUGCUGGUAUUGAUUGGAACUUCAAUAGUUGGGGAGGUAUUGAUGAUGGUUGCUACAUAGAUUGGAGUCAUGAUCUUCUUGUUGCACGAAAGAUUCUUUCAAUGGAGAGGAUUCCUUGUUUUCCACAAUCCAUAAUUCUUGAAGGUGGAAGCAUUCAUGUAGAUGGUGAAGGGACAUGCCUUACUACAGAAGAAUGCUUAUUGAACAAAAACAGGAAUCCACAUCUGACAAAAGAACAAAUAGAAGAUGAACUUAAAGCCUAUCUAGGAGUCAAGAAGAUUAUAUGGUUGCCCCGAGGACUAUUUGGUGAUGAUGAUACAAAUGGACACAUAGACAAUAUGUGCUGUUUUGUGAAGCCUGGAGUGGUGUUAUUGUCCUGGACAGAUGAGGAAUCAGACCCUCAUUAUGAGCGAGCUGUAGAGGCUUUUACUGUUCUCUCAAAUUCUACUGAUGCAAAUGGUAGAAAAUUUGAAAUUAUUAAACUUCAUAUACCAGGGCCUCUUUAUAUGACAGAUGAAGAAGCUGCUGGAUUUAUACAAGUGGGAGGAGCUAAACCAAGACUUCCUGGAACAAGGCUUGCUGCUUCAUAUGUUAAUUUUUAUAUUGUGAAUGGUGGAAUUAUUGCACCCCAAUUUGGAGACCCAAAAUGGGAUGAUGAAGCUGUGCGUGUCUUGUCUCACGCUUUCCCUGAUGGUCAAGUGGUAAAAAUUGAUGGGGCGAGGGAAAUUGUUCUUGGAGGAGGUAACAUUCAUUGUAUAACACAACAGCAGCCUGCUGGCCCACAAGCUCACUGAACUUUUUUAAAAGCUUAAACAUAAUUUUUACUUGAUUCUUGUUGUUGUGGUCAUUAUGAAACAAUGGAAUUGUGCAAUAAUUUGUUUGGUUGUUUUGAAAUUCAUUCAUGUCCGUGGUCUUAAUUGGUGAAAUUACUUUAGAUAAUGGACUGAUGCAAGACUUAAUAUGGUAAGC